AGCAUUGCCUACAUUCUCAUUCAUCUUUGCCAAUAAUUCCUUAAGCAAGGCAAACUUCCGGGACAGCCUGAAUUUUUAUUUAUACUCCCAAUAUCAAGAAAAGUUAGCAGCGCCCACAAAAAUAUUGUUGUUGCAAGUCACAGGAAGGGCAAGCAGCUAUACACAAAAAAUUCAGCUCACCAAAUCAAACCAAUUGGGCCAAAACAUUCACGCCAAGAAACACGUCCUAUCCCUUAUAACGCAUUGCCACCCCUCCCUUAACUAACAAUUCCCAUGCAAUAUCCCUUGAUUCCCUGUCAUUCCAAGACCAUGAUCGACCCUAGCACCAAUCUAACUCCCUCCUCUUCUUCCCUUUCCUCCGAUGAUAGUCUCGCUGGAAACUUUGUUACCCGGCGGCUGUUUUUCUUACGAGAUGUUCAUAUUUUGGAGUUAUUUCUUGCUCUUUUAGUAUUUGUUGUUAUACAUUCCUUGAGGCAAAAGAGACGUUAUGGCCUGCCUGUGUGGCCAUUUCUAGGCAUGCUACCAUCGUUAGUGUCCGGUCUCCAGGCUAACAUGUACGACUGGGUUUCUGACAUAGUUUGCCAGCAAAAUGGGACUUUCAAGUUCAGAGGUCCAUGGUUUAGUAGUCUCAAUUGCGUUGUUACUGCUGAUCCUAGGAACCUUGAACAUCUUCUCAAGACAAAAUUCUCUGUUUUCCCCAAAGGGCCCUAUUUCCGUGACACCGUUCGUGAUCUUCUCGGAGACGGAAUAUUUAGUGCAGAUGAUGAAACCUGGCAAAGGCAAAGGAAAACAGCGAGCAUUGAGUUCCACUCGGCUAAGUUCAGGCAAUUGACCACCGACUCAUUGCUGGAGCUUGUUCAUGCCAGGCUCUUGCCUGUCUUGGAAAAUGCAGUGAACAAAUCAAUCUCCAUUGAUCUCCAAGAUAUCUUGUUGAGAUUAACUUUCGAUAACGUUUGCAUGAUAGCCUUUGGGGUUGACCCCGGGUGCCUGCGUCCUGGGUUGCCUGAAAUACCAUUCGCCAGAGCCUUUGAGGACGCAACGGAGGCCACGGUGCUGCGAUUCGUUACGCCAACAUGUGUAUGGAAAGCCAUGAGGUACCUUGAUUUGGGAACCGAAAAGAAGCUGAAAAGAUCGAUAAAGGGUGUCGACGAAUUUGCUGAAGAAGUUAUUAGGACAAGGAAAAAGGAACUCGCCUUACAAAGUGAAGACAAGAACAAGAGAUCAGACUUGUUGACGGUAUUCAUGGGGUUGAAAGAUGAGCAGGGAAAGCCAUUUUCUGACAAGUUCCUGCGUGAUAUUUGUGUGAACUUUAUACUUGCUGGAAGAGAUACUUCCUCAGUGGCAUUGAGCUGGUUUUUCUGGUUGCUGGAAAAGAAUCCAAUGGUGGAGGAAAAAAUUCUUGCAGAGAUAAGCAGAAUUAUUAAUGAAAGAGAAGAGAUGAAAAACGAAGAACUAAAAAGUCGGUUGGUGUUUAGACCAGAGGAGAUAAAGAAGAUGGAUUAUUUGCAAGCUGCAUUAUCAGAGGCUCUGAGAUUGUAUCCUUCCGUCCCUGUGGAUCACAAGGAGGUUGUUGAAGAUGACGUAUUUCCAGAUGGAACAGUGCUAAAAAAAGGAACAAAAGUAAUUUAUGCAAUCUACGCAAUGGGAAGAAUGGAAGCCAUAUGGGGAAAAGACUGCAGGGAGUAUAAACCAGAGAGAUGGCUAAGAGACGGCAGGUACAUGAGCGAGUCAGCCUACAAAUUCUCCGCCUUCAAUGGAGGUCCGCGGCUGUGCUUGGGAAAAGAUUUUGCUUAUUAUCAGAUGAAGUUUGCUGCUGCCUCAAUCAUAUACCGUUACCGCGUGAAGGUGGUGAAAGAUCAUCCUGUUGCACCAAAACUUGCCCUGACCAUGUACAUGAAGCAUGGGCUUGAGGUAAAUGUAAUCAAGCGCGAUGAAUCGGAGCUUCAAAACUACCUAAAGACAUAUACUUAAGUAUCUUAAAUAAACCCUCUGUUGUCACUUUCUUUUUCCUCAUAUACUGAUUGUAUUCAAGCAUAUACACGUAGAGCCGCAUUCGGUUACCUAUAGGAUGGUACAAUAAUGGAUUUGUAUUUGUUUUUA